UUCACACAGGUCAUCUAACACAAGGUUAGUAAUUAACCUGUGGAGGAAGUUGCUCAAAGUAGAUAGCACCAAUUUGAUCUAGUGUUACAGUGUUUACUUUGUAAGUGCAAGGUCCUGAGUGGUCUGACUUACAAACUAUUUUGCAUAUAUAUAUAUAUAUAUAUAUAUAUAUAUGUUGAUCAGUGAGGGAGAGAGAUACAGAAAGCUGUAGAGAGAAGGAGAGAAUGGAAGUUGAAGGGAAGCUCUCUGCCCACUCCACAUCCAAAGAAGAAGAAGGAGAAGUUCAUAGGGUUUGCGAUGAGAAUCAGGAUUCUAAAGGAGGCUGGACCACCUUUCCCUUUGUUAUUGCAACUGUGUUGGGUCUCUCGGUAGCAGUCGGCGGGUGGGGAGCAAAUUUGAUAGUGUUUCUGAUAACAAAAUUCAAUGUGAAGACCAUAACCGCUAUACAGAUCAAUAACAUCAUCCUUGGUACGACCAAUCUCCUCCCCAUCGCUGGAGCCUUCAUCGCUGAUUCAUUCUUCACCAUAUUUUCUGUCGUCAGUGCCUUUUCCUUCAUUUCUUUACUGGGUGUGAUCAUGUUGACCCUAAUAGCAAUUAUCCCUUCCUUGAGGCCCUCACCAUGUUCAAUUGACUCACUUAUGACAUGUCAAGCUCCAUCAAAGCUUCAAUACUCAGUCCUAUAUGCAGCAUUAUCACUAGUUUCACUAGGACUUGGAGGCACCCGCUUCACAAUUGCAACCAUGGGAGCAGACCAAUUCAACAAUCCGAAUGAUCAAGAGGUUUUCUUUAAUUGGUAUUUUGUGGCUUUGUAUAUGUCCAGUGUCUUUGGCGGCACUGUCAUCGUAUAUAUUCAGGACAACGUGGGAUGGGGAUUAGGGUUUGGAAUUUGCUGCAUUGCAAAUGGUGUGGGAUUGGGGGUGUUCUUAUUGGGGAAACGAUUUUAUAAGCAAGUAAAACCAAAGGGGAGUCCAUUCUUGAGCAUAGCACGAGUAUUGGUUGCAGCAAUUCGGAAGAGGAAGAUGUCAUCAGAAACUUCAACAGAGCCUGAUUACUAUUAUGGCGCAGGAGCAAUGACUGACAAUCCACCAACUAAAAGUAUCAGAUUCCUGAACUGUGCAGCCUUGAAAAGUGAAGAAGACAAACAAUUUGUAGGCUCGUAUGGAAACAGAUGGAGGCUAUGCACUGUGAAAGAAGUAGAAGACCUCAAAACCCUAAUUAAGAUCAUGCCACUGUGGUCUACUGGCAUCUUCCUAAGCACACCAAUAGGCAUUUUAAGCAGCCUCACUAUACUCCAAGCCCUAACCAUGGAUAGACACCUUGGUCCACACUUCAAAAUCCCUGCUGCUUCAUUCCUAGUGUUCGCCCUCUUAGCCACAGCGAUCUCCAUCUUUAUAAUUGACCGCUUCAUACUCCUCAAGUACAAGAAUCUCACUGGACGAACUUUAACACCGAUCCAGCGAAUAGGGAUCGGUCACAUCAUCAACAUUAUUUGUCUAAUUGGGGCUGCCCUAAUCGAAAGAAGACGACUUGGAGUGGUAAGAUCACAUAGCCUUAUGAACCAACCUGGUUCAGAGGUGCCCAUGUCCGCCUUUUGGCUUGUGGCACCGUUAUCUGUUAUGGGAAUCGGUGAGGCAUUUCAUUUCCCUGGACAAGUUUCAUUGUGCUAUCAAGAAUUUCCAAAAUCAUUGAGAAGUACAUCCACUGCAAUGAUCUCAUUAUUACUUGGAAUCGGGUAUUAUCUUAGCACUGCAGUCACUGAUUUGGUAGACAAGACUACGAAUUGGUUGCCAGAUGAUAUAAAUCAAGGGCGGUUGGAUAAUGUCUUUUGGAUGUUGGUAGUGAUUGGGGUGGUGAAUUUUGGUUACUACAUAACUUGUGCUAAGUUUUUUGUGUCCCAAAACCAAAAUGUUGGGCAAUAAAAUUAUACUGAUAUGGUAUC